GAUGACUCUGUCAUGUGUCCUUUGAGAUGUCAUACAGAAUGUUUACAUCGUAAAGGACAAACUCAGCCUGUUGCAACUUGGACUCAAACAGAGAGACAUCUCUCAGUACAAACAGAGCGCCCACUGAAGAAACGACAGUUCAAGUAGUACGAAAACUGAACUAGCACAUCUCCACAAGCAACAAAUAUCGCUACACUAUUUGUGUUAAAGCGUCAUGCAGAAAAGCAACAUGUCAAGAGUUGAGACACCUUUCCAAGUGCUGCACCAAGACUCUGCCAGUGGUCCAGACCAUGUAAGCCAAGCUGAAACGGCGGAGCAGAACCAGCACACUCCCGGUAGAGUCCUGCAGGCCCUGCGGCGAGCCCUGUUGGACUCCAAAACAGUAAACCAGCAGUUGGCCGCAGAAAAUUCUGCUCUGAAGGAGCAGAUGGCCUGCAGAGAGAUCGACUGGGAGCACAAGUAUCAGGAACUGCUGGAUGAAAAAGCCAUUUUGGUGAAGACUGCCAACAAAAAUCACCAGCAGUUUGAUGACCAUUGCAGGAAGAUGGACAUGAAACUGAGAGGAAAGGAGGAGGAAGUCCACUCCCUUAGGAAAGAUCUGCAUCACCAUAAAGUAGAGAUCAGGAGGGUCAUCAAGUAUUGGCAGCAAGAAUAUGAAAAGGUGACGGCCUUCUGGAAGAGCGAAAAUGAUAAGAUAUCAAAAGUCUGCCAGGAGGAAAAGGCAGAGCUGGAAUGCUCAUCCAACAAGACUGUCACUGAGUUGAAGGCAACAUGGGAAAGCAAGUGGUCUCAACAGGAGAAGGUCCUCGCUGAACAAAAAACUCUGCAGGAGGACUUAGAGAGGAAGUUGAGCCAAGUCACCCAUGAAAAGCAAGACCUGAUCUCCGUAGUAAGGGAGAAAAAGAAGGCUCUUGUAGAGAAUAUGUUCCAGCUGAGCCAAAGAGAAGUAGCCAGCAAACAAAGUGAGGCAGCGUGGAGAAGAAAAUAUGAAUCUCUAGAAGAUGGAUUCAAAAUGGAGAUGCAGAGACAAAGACAGCAACUGGAAGAAGAGUGGCGCCAUAAGGCCAGCCAGAUGGAAGAGGAGAUAAAGCUCCUGAAUGAAGAAAAUGCCCAACUUCAGGAGCUGGCCAAGAAAACAGAUAAAGAAAGGGGCAACACGGUGGUCCAGUAA